UAAAGAACAAGAAAUCCACCAAAAAAUUCGGAAAUUUUCACUUCAAUAUCGUUUAUUUCUCCUUUGUUAUAAUUGUUGUUUACAAUUAUUGUAGCGGGUCAACAUAAUGUAGCUGGUUGUCAACUACUCAAAGAUGCAGAACUAUGCAAAGGCUGAAGAAUAUGCAGAGUACCUGCUGCACACUGCAUUCCAUAAGCCCGCCAAACUACUUGAACCAAACAGUUCACUCAAUCCUAAGGGAAAGUCGUUGACGCAAAAAUUAUUGUUGGUGUAUUUGGAAGAGUCUUCCAAGCCUGCGCAACACAAGAGGCUGAACAGGGCCACACACUUAUUGGACAAACUCGUGAGGAAGGAGAAGCUGAACACUUUGGUGCUCAGCCUGUACCCAGGCAAUGAGGGGUACUCCCUGAUGAUACGGGGCAGGAGUGGUGCUGAUGCAGAGACAAUGAAACUGCCAUAUGAGGAAUCUGAAUUUCUGGAUUAUGUGGAUAACGAAGAGUUGCCUCCAAUUCUGGUUGAUCUGUUAGAAAAAGCUCAGGCAAAUCUAUUCUACAACGGCUGUGUGAUAGUGGAGGUGCGAGACUAUCGGCGAAGUACCAAUGGCAGCUUCGAUAGCAAACAUGUGCUCCUCAAGCCUACCUCUGAGUCGCUACUGUGCGACAUCAAUUCCAUUACGCGGGACGGCUAUCGCUGGACCCAAGAAGACAAGUUCACGUUGGAAAGUCAGCUGAUUCUUGCCACCGAGGAACCUCUCUGUCUCGAUCCCUCGGUGGCUGUGUCUUUAGUUGCGAACAGAUUACAGUACGAGAGUAGAAAAUUCAAUACAAGGUCAUUGAAAAGAUCGGCGAAAAAAUUCUCUCAAAUCGCUGUCAACAGAAAGAUGAAGAUGUUGCGGAGUGCCGCGCCUAAGCAUCUGCGACUUCACGACUUCAUUCUGAAACGGAAAGACAAGGCGCGGACGCACCCCCCCGUCAACCUCAAGGUCGGAAAAACGUGUGUAGAUAUGUGGCGUCAAAGGAAUGUCCACCUAACGCCACCAGAAAAUAUAGAGAUAGAGCAAUAUGCCAAAGCUUUAGAAAGGCCCAAAGCGACGAUAGAUUUCACACCAGUGAUGGUGGAGGAAUUUAUCCUCGAGGCAGAACGUACGCAGGGCAAGGUGUCCUACACGCGGCUUGUCAUACAGCAGAGGUUGAGCGAUGAUUUCCACAGCGGUGAACUCUACGUUGACAGGGAUUAUGUCGAGGGUGUGCUACGAGGGAGCACUUGCAGAUUCCCUCUGGGUCCAAGGGAAAAUGCCGACAAGUAUAUACAGCAAUUCACCGAGAUCUUUACAGAAGAGGGACGGCGACCCGUGAAGAUCACACAUAUGGUGCCGGGGCAGUCGCCCCAGGUUUCGUUCACGCCACCAGCGGUCACAUCCUCGACCCCCCAGGUCAACCUGAACCCAUCGGCCCAGGCCCUCCUCACGCAGGCAGCUAAUCUCACCGCUUCACUUGCAGGACAGGUGGACAUGAACAAUGCAGGUAAAAAGGCCCAGCCUAUCAAGUUGUCAUUGUCUCUGUCGUCCAAUGUGGGUUUCAGUCCACAAACUACCCCAGCACAAAGCCCGUCGGGUUCCCUCACGCCUCAAGCACAGCUAUCGAUCAACAUCCAGCCACCGCAGCAGCUUGUCCAGAAAGGAAGAGGUGGCUCCGUCUAUGGGCACAUGGCACGCUCAGUUGAGCCGCCGAGUCCGGUCACAACUCCUACAACGCCUGGUCAGCUGCCUACGUAUAGCCAGGCCACGUCUGCUCCAGUUACGAAUCAGGCCACGACCAAGAUGUCGAAUCCACCCCCAACACCCCCACCGCUGGUUAGAACACCCUCAAUGGGGUCUGGAAUCAGCAGACGCGCCUCCGCCGAGGCAAUGAAGGCGAUGCAGCAGGGCAUUCUAUCAGGUCAAGUUCAAGGUCAGCCCAGUGUUGCCACGACGAUGCCUUCCACCUCCGACCGUGCCAUGCAGGGUUCCCUCGCUCCGCCUAACAUCAACAUCGCCAACAUCGCCAGCAUGCCGCAAAACAUCAACAUUCCUAAUCUGACCAGUCUGCAACAAAUGGGCCUCACGAAUUUCCAGGGCCUACAGAACUUACAAAACAUCCAAGUCUCACUGACCGGAGUGUCUGUGCCAGGUGGUAUUGCUGUCCCUGUCCCGAUAAGCAUGAUCAACACGUCGAAUCCUAGCAUGAAUACGCCUGCUAGCAUCAUCAUCAACUCGUUACCGGGCGUCAUGACGACCUCGACGUCGGCGUCAACGACCAACACGUCAAUGUCGACCACACAGGGACAGGGCACAUCAUCUCAAGCCCCAACCUUUGUCACCAUGGUCACUGCCAAUCCCUCGACAAGUUCGACCGCGAAUACCACGACAGUAUCAUCAGCAUCAGGUGUCUUAACGUCCCAAGCUGGUAGUUCCAUUGUUGCAGCUACUCCCUCUGGGAUGGUGUCUGUCCCGAUCAACAUGGCACAGAACAUGGCCCAGUGGCUCAAGACCACGUCACAAGGAAUCCGGGCUGGUGCAACACCACUUUCACUCCUACAGAUACCAGGCCAGCAACCUAUACAGCUUUUGAAUGCAGCAAAUCUCCAGCAGCAGAGGGGACAGCUUGGUCAAACUAGUCAGGCAUCGGGAAGCCAGGCAGCACGCCCUGCGGGGACACCGUCACCAGUGUCCACGGCGACUGCGCUGCAAAAUCAGCCGGUGACACUUUUCUCCCAGAUGCAUUCGGGAAAGGGACAGGGACAACCCACGACACUCACACAACAGCAGCUAAUGCAGUUCACUGCACCGAGUCUUGCUCAGACUCAGGCAGCUCAACUUGCUCUGCAAAAGCAAGGACGCAGCCUUUCAUCGAAGUCAAAAAGCAGGAAAAAGAGCAAUUGAGGGACAAGUUUGGGCCUUGAUGUCUUCCUUUCACAUCAGGAGACAGAUUCGCUUGAGAAAGACUGGUUUUGAUCAGGUAAAGUGUGUACGUUAUCGCAUUGUUGGAUGUAUAUGAGAUUCACGAUGCAGUCUUUAUAGUUGGGGCAUGCUCUCUGGCUGGUUGGAAGAGCGUAUUUUUUCAAUGCAUUUCAAGGUAAUUCAGGGCUUCAAUUUUGCCCAUUGGGUCUGUCUGAAUUUGUUAAACUGCUCCAGGUGCAUUGAAAGAGUUAUUUUUUGUAUCGAUGGCAGCUUUUUGCAAUAUCUUGGCUCUCGGUCAAGUUACCGAAAGUAAUGAAAAAUUGACAAAGAUAUACAUGUACAUUACAUUGGUCUGGUUGGUCCGAACUUGACAUCAACUUACGUUUAGGUGGAGUUGGCCAUAUUCUAGCCACCAUGAAAAUUUCCGCCAUGAAUAUUUUGCCCAGUCCAGGUCCAAGAUGUAGUGGUAGUACAUUGCAAGAAGGUCCCUUCCAGCCAGCUCAGGAGCAAGAGACAACGUUGACGUCACAAGUGCCAGACUGUGUUAUGAUCUGACAUCUUGUAUGACGUUGCAUCUUAAAAGGCAGGUAUUCUGUUAAAUUCAUCAAAAUUGUUGCAAAAAUCCUUCUCAAUAACCUUUCACAUUUAGGGCUGAGGAGGAAUAAGGAUUCAUAAGGGGGGGGGGGGGCAGUGAUUAAGAAUAAAAUUGUAAGUGAUUUGGAAGUUCACUGGCAAAUUUAUUUAUUCUUUUUAUCAUAAUCAUGUGAAAUAUUUGAGAAAAUGGUAUUGAAUGGAUUGAUAAAUGUUUUAAUCCGUUGUGAUGUAAGUUUUCUUGGCAUUCUGUAGAUUCGUACUUGAACUAAAAUUGUCUAUGUAAAUCAUGAAUGAUGAAAUAUGAAUUUUAUUCAUACUGAA